UAUUGUGUUUGGUUGUUUUUGUUGCAAAAAGUUCAAUUUGGGCUACAACAUUUUAGUGCAAACUAAACAGUGGAUAAUUGUGUUCUUUUGACAACGAUAUUAACGAGCUUAUUCCAUUCUUUUAGUGGUCUUUCCUUGCUUCUUCUUGAUUCUGUUCGAUGAAUGCCAUCGAUGCUGACUCGCUUGCAAUGGCAGUAAAUAAGAAGUUAAACUGCAAAAUUCACUAUUGAAUGCAUUCCCUGCAUUAUAUAGAUAAUGAACAAAAAACACACACGGUGUGAAAAAGCUUUUAAAAGAAAUUAGCUCGGAACCUAAGUCAUAACUUGUUAUUGCCACUAAAGUAUGAACACCCGUCGAUUUUUUGUGUGUGUUUUGUUUUAACGGUAAAUCGUAAAAUGGCACGAGUAAACUUACACUCUUUUCGAACCCGUGCAAUACGUUUGUGUUUCCCGGGGGAGUGAAAGAGCAAUACUUUUGUGUCAUUGUGCUGCGCUUCUAGCGUUAUUUGUUAUUCUUUUUCUUUCUUCAUCGAUGGAAAAACGUAAGCAACAGACGUAAGAAAGAAGAGGAGACGAAAAAAAAACGAUGCGAAAAAGCGAUUUAAAUAGUCUAAAUAUUCCGCGUGACUUUGAAAAAUGUGAUGAAAAUAAGAGGAGCAAGAAAUGUGAACGAAAAUGACGUAUGACAGAAGUUGUUGUUUUUUCACUUCGUUCGGUUCUGGCUUCAUUCGAAAAUAAUAAUAACAUUGCGACGAGUACAAGCAGCUCCAAUAAACAAAUUUUCUUGUUAUUUUAUUUCGUUUUCGUGAAGUUUUUUUUCCGUUUCUCUUUCCCGACUGGGCCAUAAUCCAUCGAUUUACAUAAAUCGCGGAUCAUUUCGCAUGAACGAGAGAAACCGAGAAUGAAAAGCACACGUCAUAUUGAAACGACAAUAAUUCUAGAAAAUUGGUUUGUUUCACUUGACAAUCACAUUUCGUUUUUACGCUUUGCUCAUUCGCACAAGUGACGCCAUCGAAAUAUGUAUGAACUGCAAGCUUCAAAAAUAGCUAAACUGAUUUUAACUGAAAGAAAAAAGUGGAUGGCGAAAAAAAUAUAUAUAUUGGAUUUCCCACUUGUAUGCGAAACUCAAUCUCGGGCACAAAAUAUUGAAAAUCGUUCAGCAAAAGUAAAAAAAGAGAAGAAAAAAAAAAAUAUUUCGAUGCAAACAAGAUUUGCUUUGCUAGUCUCUCUCACUCACUCACUCUCUCUCGUCAACCGUGUCGAUGAAAUAUAUGAUAUUUUCAAUAGAUUUCCGCCAAAACAACUGAAGAAGAAGAAAAAACAACACGACGAGAACAAGAAGUUCAGACGAAAAAUUCUUAAAAUCGCACUAAUAAUCGUUUAAAUGCCAUGUGCUACAUAGGUAACAGUAAAUUUAGUAACGACUCUUUUUUUUCGGUCGUUUCCCCAUUUGCUUGCCCGAAUCCGCUUGCUUCGCAAUCGUCACCGUCGUCGUCGUUCAAGUGAAUUAUGAAUCAUUUUUAAACGGGAAAAUAAAUACGCUUUGGAAUGUGUUUGAAAAAUAUUUUCGGAAAACUUACUCUAGUCACCGCUCAGUGACUUCCCGAGUGUCGUGAGUUUCGACAAGAAAAAGGAAACAAAAAUGCUGAAACAUGAAUUGGAACACAUCAAAAAUAUCACAAGUGUACAAAUGAAGUUAGAAACUGUUACCGAAUAUGAACGCUGUUGCGGAAAAAAGUGCUUGACCAAAUGGCCAUAAUCACAAUGGCUGGCAAGCGUUCGUCAGUUAUUGUUCCAUAAAGUAAUGCGACCACAGUUGAGAAAAAUAAAAAACACCCAUUCUAAUUUUACAAGUUUAUCCAAAACAAUUCGUUGGGGACUCUUCGUUCCGAUUUCGUACACAAUUUUUCACUGUUUCAAAUCACAUACACACACUUAUUCAAUGUACAGUCCCUCACACAAUUGUGUUCCUUUUUUCAUCCUCUCUCACUGCAAUAGCAAAUAGCACACUGGUGAAUAAAAAUUUCUACCGAAACCUAAAACAAAACUCAAACGAAAAAAACAACAGAGAAACAGUAAAAUAAAUUCUAGACAGAAUUUUUUUUUCAUGUAAAUGAGUGAGUGAGCGCUAAACGGAGAGCUAUCCACAAUCCAUCUCUCCCUCUCUCGUGCAAUGUGAUGCGAACCGUGUUGAUGAAACAUAAUAAAUUUGAACAAACAUUUCACGGGAAUAAAAACAAAACAGAGAAAAAAAUGUUAAACCAUAAGCAAAACGAUCCAUCACCAUUUACGAAAUCGCCGAAAAUCCGGGGCAAAAUCGUCGAUUUCACCUCUGACAAAGAGCCGUAUCAUCAUCAGCCGAGUGUGAUCGAUAGAGCUCGACUGACAUUGUUUAAUUUAACUGACAUAUGGAAAUCGAAAAUUGAUUCAAACAAAGUGAAUAAAUCGUGUGACUCAAUCGCGGCAAAUCGAAAAGCGCUUGAUGUGCUCACCGUAUGGACACGGCACCGACGAUCACCGUCCGCUGAACCGGCAUACUCAACCAAAUCACACAAACGGAGUUUGUUUAUUGAAAAUGGUGAUGACGAACGUUGGUACAUCGAUAGCAGUAAAACGUAUGCAAAAUUGGCAAACGGAAAAAGUAAAUCAAAGUGCCAUGAUGGUUCCGAUAAAGGAAAGAAUAAGCAUAAGCAACUGAAGGAAUCAAAAAUGCAUGCACGUCGACGUUCCUAUGAUGGUGAAUUGAAUCAGCUAUGUUUCGAUGUCAAAAGUGGAGUGCGAUUGCCAAAAAUGCGGCACAGACGCCGAUCUUGGGGCAAUUUAGCGUGCGAUCCGAACGAUGAUCAGUGCUAUGCCAACAAAAUGUUGACGAGUGAUCGUAAACGUGACAAAAUCGUUGAAAAUCAUCCGAGCAUUUCGAAGGCUCGUUUGAAGUUUAAAAAAAUUAAGACAUGUGAUGACCUCUAUGCGAACGAAAUUGUUCGAGAAAAACCAAUAAAAGUUUUGAAACGCCAGACAUCCGUUGUGCCAAUUAUCACCAUUAACGAUUGUGGUAAUGGCGGCGGUGGUUGCAUCGCUGAACAACCAGCGGCUAAAGACACAAAAAAAUCCAAAUGCGAUGAGAAAGCCAAUGAAUCGUCCGGGGAACCAACGACAAAACCAAAGAAAAAACUUUCAUUCCGUGAACCAGUCAUUUUUAAUGAAAAGCUUAAAGAACUACGUGCAAAACAUUCGGCAAAAAAUCAAAGCAGCUCCGAAGACGAAGAGAAGAUUGUCUCAAACGAAUCGAUGGAUAUGAGCCAAGUGCCACUCGAGUCACAAGCCAUGCGCAUCGUUCGAACCAUUGGACAAGCUUUCGAAGUGUGUCACAAAUUUAGUCUUCAGAAAAAUUCCAUGGUAAAUGCAGACGAUCAGUCGGAAUCUCAAUUAUCGGACCGAUACUCGGCUGAGCACAUCAGUGACGAGGAUGAACCCAAGAAAGAUCCAAUUCCGGUCACACCUGAAUCCACUUUGAAACGGCCAACUCAUUUGGAUUUGAUGCCAGUUUCGAAUUUCACUCCGAAAAAAUCACCGAACGAGAGUAAUGACGAUAAAUCACCGAGCGCACCAUUAUCAACGGCAUCGGAAAUUCAGCAUUUGCGCGAUCAAUUAGAACAACAGGCGAUGCAAACACGUGAGGCUCUAUUUCAACUGAUGCAAGUUCGUGAGCAAUUGAUCAGUGAAACGAAUGCACGUAUCGAAGCACAGGCAAGAACGCAACAGUUGCUGCAACAGAAUCGAGAAUUGCUCGAGCAUUUGGCUUCACUGGGUGGUUACACGUACACAGAAAAUGAACGAGCUGGCCUAACAUCGGCAAACAUCAGUCUGGCACCACAGUUUGGAAAUUAAUGUCAUUUAAAUUGCAAUGUACAAGUUACACACAAACACAAAGACACAAAAAAUGGGACCAAAAGUGGCACAAACACAAAUCACAAUGAAAACAAAAAAAGAACACACUCACUCACACACAAUUAAGAAUGAAAAACCAUUGACCAUUCAAUUUCAUUCCCGUUUCAGUCGCCCGUCACCUUAUUUGGCUCUGAGCAGGGUGAAUGUGGUUCACCUAUUCGUAAAUCAUUUGUUAUGACACCGAAUAAUAACAGUAUUGCGACCAUAAAUCAGCAGCUCAACAAUUUGGGAACAAUCAAUCAGCAGCUCACACAACUCAGCCAACAAUUGAGCGGUUUAAAUCAGCAGAGCCAGAAUUUGCAACAAUUUCAAAAUUUCGGCAGCAAUUUAAAUACCGUAUUGAAUACAAUGCCAAAUUUAAAUAGCAUCGUCAAUAGUAAUAGUUUUAACAACAACAACAACAACAAUAACAAUACUAGCAAUAAUUGUACGAAUAAUAACAACAACAACAACACAAAGCUCACGAGCAAUUUCAUACAGAGCGAUUUAUUUCAAUCGAAUCAGGAUUUAUUGAAUCGAUUGCAAAAUCUUAGUUUAGGUUUCAGCAAUAAUAAUAGUAUUAUGAAUACACCGAACAGUUCGUUGUUGAGUCACAUUCUCAACGGAGGUGUCCAAUCAACGGCAAUGAAUUGCAGUACCAGUACUAGUGCCAAUGUUAUAAAUAACAACAACAACAACAACAAUGGAAAUUUGCUGAAUUCGCCAUCGAGCUUGAGAAAUUUAACGCCAUCGCCGGUAUUCAAUCGAAGUCCAUACUCGAGCAGUCCAAUGUUGGACAAUAAUUCGCCGUUAACCACAAUGACAGCGACUACAAUCCCAACACCAGCGGCCGAAUGCAGUAACAUAUAUAGCGAUGAUACGGCCAAAUUUCUCCGAUCCAUUUCGGCAAUACCGCUCAGUGGCAGCGUACUCACCAAUUUUGAUUCGGCCGACAAAUUUCGACCGGUAACACCAAUUCCAUUGUUAUCAUCUGAUAGCAAGAGCAAUACGCUCACCUCAUCGGGAUCGUCAGCAUCGAUUGCAACGACCAUUGGCAGUGGCACCAUACGAAAGAAUGAUAAACGGGUCACUUUGCCCGAUUUCACGCUUCAUAUCACCGACGAGUGUGGCAACAUCAUGAAUUCCAAGCGUUUGCCAUCAUCGGCUACACCCAGUACAAUAACGAGAACCACUAGCGAAAAAGUACCACGAAGUCAAUUAAUGAGCGAGGUGCAACGAACUGCAUGGGCAAGACACACAACCAAGUAGAUAAUAAUAAUGCGAUCAGUUUGACCAUAGAUAUUCUGUUAAAAAUUUUUAUUCUCAAUUCCGUUUAUCUCUAUCUCUUCAUUUCGAUUUGGUUACCACUUCAUAUCACCACAAUUAGACCGAAAACUAGGCAUACCAUCAAUUUUCAUCUAAAUUUACCCCGUAAUGCAUACACUCAGUUCAAGCCAAAAUAGAAACACAAAUCCAAAACGCUCAAUUAUGAUUAUUAGUACGUGUCACUUGUUAUUUAUAUCGCAUUAAAAUUAUAUCAAUUUAUUUAAGUAACAGUUGAAGUGCUUCCUUGGCAAAAAUUGAAGCAAACAUACAUGAUUUGCCUGCACAGAAAAAAAAAACCUCAAACACAAACACAAACAUACACACCGAACGAACGAGGGCGAUCGAAAUGAAUUUUUGCUCAAAAGGACUAUCUUUACGUCUACCAUUUAAUGUACACCUAGUGUUAUUUAUCUCUAUGUGAUGUCUCUCUAUUGAAUUGCAUGGAACAUUUUUUAUUUCCUGACUUUGUUAGUUAUUAUCUCUCCACACACCAAAAAAGAAGAACAUUAUUGUAACAUUAGAUGUUUUACUGAACCAAAACAUAUAUUUUACACAUAUCGACCAACAAAAAAAAAAAGAACAACAUAAAUAUCGGCUCAGCGGUCAUCACACGGUAACAGGAAAUACAAGGAAAAGGAUAAAAACUCACAUAGAACACUAUUUAUAUUCCCCGUUUAAGAAAAAAAAUGAUUAUAUUAGUUGAUGUUAUUUGAACGGAAAAAAAUGAUGAAAAGGAUAUCAAAAGCUCUAAGAAUUAGUUUUUGAGUGAUAGUCGGAAACAAAGAAAAACAAAAACUACAAAACUCUUUCGGCCAAAAUGAACGAAACCAAAGCGAAAAACACGCAAAAUAUACAUUGCUCAACUUCGGAAUGAUGAAUAUAUGAGAGAAACAUUUAUUAUUGAGAUCGAUCCUUUCACAUGUUGUAUUAUUGUGUAACUGAAAACUUUUUAAUUUAUUAUAAUAAAUAUACAAUUAAAACACAUUCAAA